GCUCAGGCCCAGGCCGCGUUUGGCCGCUCGCCGCUCGCUCCCAAGCCCGGGCCGGCCCCUGCGGCCGCUCACAAAACGCGGCGAGCGGAACCCGCACGCGGAAGCGCCCGGCGCACUGAGCAUGCCCAGUAGCGCAGUCGAACAGAGGAGUUUUUUUUUUUUUUCUUUCUCCCUCUUUUUCUUUUUCUUUUCUUUCUUCUUUUUCCUCUCUUCUUCUUCUUCCUUUCCCCGGCUCUCCACUAGGAGGCCCGUCCCGCCCCCCACCCUCAGUUCAGACCCCCGUCAUCCCCGGGCCUGAGCAGCUUAGCUAACUAACCAUGGCCGAGGUGCCCGGCGCCGCGUUGUCCCAGGCGGGUUGGUAUCUUUCAGAUGAAGGCAUUGAAGCUUGUACAAGCUCUCCCGGCAAAGUCAAUAUAAAUGACAUCAUCCUGAUUGCUCUCAAUACAGAUUUGAGAACGAUUGGCAAGAAGUUCCUUCCCAGCGACAUCAACGGUGGAAAGGUAGAAAAGCUUGAAGGUCCAUGUGUUUUACAAAUUCAGAAAGUCCGCAAUGUUGCUGCACCAAAGGAUAACGAGGAAUCACAGGCUGCACCAAGGAUGCUUCGUUUGCAGAUGACUGAUGGGCAUACAAGCUGUACAGCAGUAGAGUUCAGUUAUAUUUCAAAAAUAAGUCUGAACACACCACCUGGCACAAAAGUGAGGCUCUCGGGCGUCGUGGACGUAAAGAACGGAUUCCUGCUCUUGAGUGACUCCAACACCACAGUGCUUGGUGGUGAAGUAGAGCAUCUGAUUGACAAAUGGGAGUUACAGAGAAGCUUAUCAAAACAUAGUAGAAGCAACAUUGGAACUGAAGGUGGCCCACCUCCUUUUUUGCCCUUUGGACAGAAAUGUGCAUCUAAUGUCCAAGUGGAUAGCAGAGAACUAGAUCGGCGGAAGACAUUACAAGUUUCAAUGCCUGUCAAGCCUGCAAAUGAUAAUGAUGAGUUUGAGAAGCAAAGGACUGCUGCAAUUGCAGAGGUUGCAAAGAGCAAAGAAACCAAGACAUUUGGAGGAGGUGGAGGUGGUGCCAGAAGUAAUCUCAAUAUGGGCUCUGUCAGUCACCGAAAUAGGGACGUUUUACAGAAGGAAAAGGCUUCCAAAUCAGAAAGCAAACAUGAAGGAGUAUAUAGAGAACUGGUUGAUGAGAAAGCACUGAAGCACAUAACAGAAAUGGGCUUCAGUAAGGAAGCCUCGAGACAAGCACUUAUGGAUAAUGCCAACAACUUAGAAGCAGCAUUGAACGUACUUCUAAACAGCAAUAAACAGAAGCCUGUCGUGGGUCCACCUCCUAGAGGUAGAGGGAAAGGCAGGGGCCGUACACGAUCUGAAGAUGAAGAGGACCUAGGAAAUGCAAGGCCAUCAGCACCAAGCACAUUAUUUGAUUUCUUGGAAUCUAAAAUGGGAACUUUGAAUGUGGAAGAACCAAAGUCACAGCCUCAGCACCUUCACCAAGGACAGCACAGAGUAUUGAAUACUGAACAGAAUGGGAUAAAAGAUAGUAGCAAUCAAUCAAGACAUCUUCCUCGAAAUGAUACCAGGCAGCCGAGAAAUGAGAAACCUCCUCGUUUUCAAAGAGACACCCCCAAUUCAAAGUCAGCCUUAGAAAGCAGCGUAUUAUCUAGAAAUAGAGGCUCUGAAAGACCCGGCGGUUCUUCUGGUUCGGAAGUGUGGGCAGAAGAGAGGAUCAAGUGUGACAGGCCAUAUUCUAGAUAUGACAGAACUAAAGACGCUUCCUAUCCGUUAAGUUCUCAGCACAAUGAUGGCGCUUUUAAAAAAAGAGAUAACUCUGCACAAAACAGAUCAGGAAGAGGUCCAGUGUAUGCAGAGCCAAAAGAAAACCCACUUCCUCAAGAAUUCAUAGAUUACAAUAAUCAAAAGCGUGGGAAAAGAGAAAACCAAACAGGUAAUCCUGAUCACUUUUAUGACAGGAAAUCACGGACAAUGAAUAAUGAAGCCUUUAGUGGUCUCAAAAUUGAAAAACAUUUUAGUGUAAAUACUGAUUACCAGAAUCCUGUCCGAAGUAAUAGUUUUGUUGGUGUUCCAAAUGGAGAGACAGAAAUGCCACUGAGAGGAAGACGUGUAGGACCAAUGAAGCCAGCAGGACCUGUCACAGCUGUACCUUAUGAUGAUAAAAUAUUUUAUAAUAGUGGGCCCAAAAGAAGAUCUGGGCCAAUUAAGCCUGAAAAGGUGAUAGAAUCAUCUAUUCCCGUGGAGUAUGCAAAAAUGUGGAAACCGGGAGAUGAAUGUUUUGCACUUUAUUGGGAAGACAACAAGUUUUACCGAGCAGAAGUUGAAGCCCUCCAUUCUUCGGGUAUGACAGCGGUUGUUAAAUUCACUGACUACGGAAACUAUGAAGAGGUGCUAUUAAGCAAUAUCAAGCCCAUUCAAACAGAGGCAUGGGAAGAAGAAGGCACCUAUGAUCAUACCAUUGAGUUUCGUAGAGGAGGUGAUGGCCAGCCACGGAGAUCCACUCGGCCAACACAGCAGUUUUACCAACCUCCUCGGGCUCGGAACUAAUUUUACUAAAGAUUCUUUGCGAAGGAAGACGCUGAUGACUGAAACAUCCUGGAAGGGGAAGGCCAUUCAUAGAUUUUUUUUUCCAUUUCUUCACAAUGAGAAUCACCAUGCUGGCUAUGAUAUUUGGAGGGAAAACAACAACAACAACAACAACAAAAACCCCAGCAGUUUUUAGGGAAAAGAUUCAACCUACACAGAGCAAGGGGGAAAAUACUAAGUUUAGUAGAGCAAAUAUCUUUACAAGUGGAAGGAAGAAUCUUUCUUCUGCCACCAAUAAAACCAUUGUGUUAUUAUA